AUGACGUCCUCGUCGAAGCCUUUCCACCUCUACACUAUGAUCACACCUAACGGUGUUGUUCCCCCUAUUUACCUCGAAGAGCUCAAGAAGGUUUACCCCAACAUCGACUACGACGCGACUAAAGUCGAUAUCUCUACCAAUGUUCAAAAGGAACCUUGGUUUAUUAAACUGAACCCCAAUGGUCGUAUCCCAGUUCUCGUUGACCAAGCGAGAGAGAACUUCCCUGUCUUCGAAACCUCUGCCAUCCUCCUUUAUCUGGCACAGAACUAUGAUAAGGAUUUCAAGUUCUGGUUCAACCCCCAGACGGAGGUUAACGACUACAGCGACAUGAUCCAAUGGCUCUUCUUCGCGCAUGGUGGUAUUGGCCCCAUGCAAGGCCAGAAUCAUCACUUCAACAAAUAUGCACCUGAAGACAUCCCCUAUGCAAAGAAACGCUACAUUGACGAGACCAAGCGACUCUACGGCGUCCUCGAAAUCCGCCUCAAAGACAGAGAUUACCUCGCAGGCUCAGGAAGAGGCAAAUACUCCCUCGCAGAUAUCAAGACUCACCCGUGGAUCAAGAUUCACCAACACGCCAUGAUCGAGAACUUGGAUGAGUUCCCAAAUGUUAAGGCGUGGCUGGAACGAUGCGAUAGUCGAGAGGCAUCGCAGAUUGGAUGGAAGGUCACUGCUUAA